AUGCCUGUUCAACCAUCCCAAGCUCCGGGGAGGGGUCAUGCCGGUUCCGUGCAAUCUGCUUCAUCUAACACAUCCAGAAAUGAUGACUCGGGUUCUGGUGGAGACAACAAGCUAAUGCGCUUUAUAACAGCUGAAACUCCCGCUCGCCGGCGCCUUCAAAAAGCCGCAUCAACCAAUUUCCAUAUAAACUCUACAAACAAUCUUGAUUCUCAGUUCUCUAGGGGGGUCGCAAGUCCCCGCGUCGAAGAAAAGAGUCGCAGGCGGUUAUCCAUUCGAGGCCAUGCGCCUCAGGGGCCUCGUCCCCAAGACGCUUCGCGUUGGAGCAAACCAUCUGGCGGCUACUUCCACUCCGAAACUUCAUCAAUCGAAUCCAAUGAUCCCAAAGGUUACAAUCUCCGAUCCACAAGCGUGGGUAAUUUGGCGAAGCAUGAUCCAAGCCAAAUUGCCCCGGAUAACAUGGACUUCUUGGCGCCGAUCAACUUCGAUGACUUCCACAACAGCAUUAUGGCGGAACCCAGCCUAAAUCAUUUCCCCAUGCCUGGAAACGGAGGUACCGGGUCUGAGAAUAGAGACUCCGGACUUUCAACCACCAGCUCCUGGACCAACCAUAGUUACGAGAGCAAUAUUUCGGAUCGUACGAGAGCCGCCGCUGCUCGUCGGAAAAGCGAAGUAUCGCGCCUCAACGGCCAACAUCCCACAGUGCCGGGUUUAUCAGCAACCUCUGCCAACACCAGAUCGCGCCGCCAAAGUCUUGCACAACCCUCGACUAAUAAUGCUCAUGCGGUGACUGCUGCGACGCGGAGCUCCCGCAAGUCAAUCAGCUCUGGCGCGUUCGCUCCCACCAGCGCCUCUGCAAGACGCGCCAGCUUAAGUGCCCGCAAGGUUAGCGCCGCCGAUCCAACACGAGCGGAUGCGAGUCCAGACUCAGGUCGAGAAGAGCCCAAAGUUCCCUCCUCGGUUCGAAAUCUCAAGGCAAAAUCAUUCCAGCCUGUUCCUCGCGAACCGCGGGGGACUUAUUUGACGGCGACGGGCUCUGGCUCCGUUGAUCAUACUCGUUCUUCGUCUACGAAUGCUGUUCGUACGCCAGUCAAGAGUGCAUCCGGAAAUCUUGCAACAGUUGCCACAACACCUUCAUCCUCCUCAUCUAAUUCCAAGCGUAUGUCUGUUAUGCCGCAUGCAACUGGCUUAGGCGCCCGCACUAUCAGCCCGACGGAUGCCCGGCGCAUGAAGCGGAUGUCAAUUGCUCCUCCUGCACCUCCUAUGCCACAUACCCCACCCACACAAACAGAGCCCCUUCCCAUUCGACCUUUAUCGUCGACCCAAUCCCCAUCUUUCCUCCCAAGAAAAAGCGUCACUCCAUCCUCUAACCGGACCACGCCAGAUCCGAACCGCAAAUCAUACAGCUCUGGACUAUCCCUGUCAUCCAACACCAGCUACAACUCCGUGCGCAACUCCAGUAGCUCACUACAACCCCGUCUUUCCCAAAAUCUCUCCUCGUCUCGAUUGCCCACCCCGAAGCCACGAACAGAGCAGUCGGCAUCCAACACGGACGAAGAAGUACCCCCUGUUCCCGCAAUUCCCAAGGCCUAUGAAUCCCCGAAGGCUGAACUCGAUGCACCUAUCUUUCCUGCGCCAAGAAAGUCCAGUCUACCGGUGGAUAUUAGCCAAUUGCAUAUUGCGCGGGAUUCCCACACAGAAACCCAUGGCCAACUCAGUACAACGGGUGAUGAUAACGACUUUACGAAUGGGCGAAUAACGAAAACACCUGAGUCGCGGACGCGAACCUCAACAGUCUUGGGUCGCAAGGGCUUACAGCCUUUGAAGCUACCGCCUUUGAACCUUCUUCCACUUGGAACUCCAAUGACAACCAAGAUCGAGGCACUGAAAGACCGAGAAGCAGAAGAGCGGAAAUCACACACGCCUUCUAACCAGGUCACCUCCAAGACUCCAAGCACGCCAAUGACUGCAUCAAAGGCGUCAGCUAAUUUCUGGAAUUACCAUGAUGACGAGGAUAGAGCGCCUGCCACUCAAGUUCGCAGCAGCACUUCUCAUUUCGCAAUAAGCUCAAGCUCUACGGCGGCGGCCUUACGAGCAGCUAGCAGCACAAGUGCCUUUGAGUCCCUCGAUACUACUCCUAGUGCCAACCGAAACAUCUCCCCUUACGCGUCAUACACAUUACCUAAGAGUAGUAGCGAGUUUAAUGCUCUCCGCCACCAGGCCAGUGGGGAUUAUUCCAAUAACCGAGCAUCGCAUUCCUACAAGUUGACCGGUCCACGCCCUCAGACGCAAAGUGCGAUCUUCACUCCUGCUACCGAGCGAUUGAGUCAAAUUUCGACGCCCUCUGAGCCUGAAAGUACUGGCACGCGUACCUCUCUUCGAGACCGACUCAAUGUGGUUCGGGUUCGCAGCAAUUCCAAGGCGGCGCAACCGUCUGACUUGGACACUGAUUCUGCCAAAUAUGACCAUAUGCCGCCACCCAAACUCCCGGCCUCCGCGACAUGGAACAAUCUCUCGUCUGUAACUUCCACUAGUCCCAGCAUCAAAACGUCUUCUUCUUAUCUCAAGCCGCGCCGUCAAUCUUCCAUCUCCAGCAUCACGAAACAGCCUGCCGGGCGCAAGCCAAGUGUCAGCAGCGAGAAAAGCAUCCCCUUGGAGCCAACUCGGUCCAAUGAUUCCGCGGCGAGUGGUGACCCAUUACAAGCUCGUUCGAGCAGUGCAUACAUGUCCCCGGUCCAUAAACUCAUCAACUCGGCUCGUUCCAGCACUGCUGCAUCCUCUCGCUCCGUUGAUUCCAAUCUUGAUGCAGAUGUUGUGGUGGCUGAUGAGGAAAUGCGCAGGCUAGGAGCCAAGCGUAAGGAUUUUGAGACUGCAGCCAAAUUCUUGGAUGAAUUGCGUCGUAAAGCAGGACCUAAAGACCGUGUCAAUCCCGCCUCAGCUCUCAAGAUGGCUAACUUGAACAUUUUCGAACGCGGCGAGAUCAUUGACUAUCGGGACAUCUAUUUCUGCGGUACACAGAAUGCCAAGAAACAUGUCGGUGACCUUCACUCGGGUGCUGCGAACUUCGGAUAUGACGAUGACCGCGGUGAUUAUAACAUUGUGACAGGCGACCACCUGGCAUAUCGUUAUGAAGUUGUGGACGUCCUUGGUAAGGGAAGUUUUGGACAAGUUGUACGUUGUGUCGAUCAUAAGACUGGCGACUUGGUCGCUGUGAAGAUCAUUCGCAACAAAAAGCGAUUCCACCAGCAGGCACUGAUCGAGGUCAAUCUUCUCCGCAAGUUGAAGGACUGGGAUCCUGAUCGCUGUCAUAGUGUGGUGAACUUUGUGGAAAACUUUUAUUUCCGUGGUCAUCUCUGUAUCUCAACUGAACUCCUGGGGAUCAAUCUUUAUGAGUUCAUCAAGGCGCAUGACUUUAAGGGAUUCUCACUGAAGCUGAUUCGACGUUUCACCAAGCAAAUGCUUGGCAGUCUUACUCUUCUGCACGCCAAAAAGGUCAUUCAUUGUGAUUUGAAGCCUGAGAACAUCCUCCUUGUCCACCCGAUGAACUCCGAGAUUCGAGUCAUUGACUUUGGAUCUAGUUGUUUCGAAAACGAGAAGGUCUACACAUAUAUUCAGAGUCGUUUCUAUCGUUCACCAGAGGUCAUCCUGGGCAUGUCCUAUGGUAUGCCCAUUGAUAUGUGGAGUGUUGGAUGUAUCUUGGCUGAAUUGUUCACUGGUUAUCCUAUCUUCCCGGGUGAAAAUGAACAAGAACAACUGGCCUGUAUCAUGGAAAUCUUCGGUCCUCCUGAAAAGCACUUGAUUGAGAAGAGCACACGAAAGAAGUUAUUCUUUGACUCUAUGGGCAAGCCACGUCUGACAGUCUCAUCCAAAGGACGCCGACGCCGCCCGAGUUCCAAAGAACUGCGUCAAGCUCUCAAGUGCGACGAUGAAGCUUUCUUGGAUUUCAUUAGUCGAUGCCUACGCUGGGAUCCGACUCGCCGGAUGUCGCCUCACGAUGCACUCAAGCACGAGUUUGUCACAGGUAUCAAGUCUACCAGUCGUUCGAGGAUGUAUGCUCAAACCAACUCCCCUGCUAAGCGCGGCACCACUUCAAGCGGGCGACCUUUGCCUGAGCCUCCCAGUUCAACUCUGAAGACAGGCAGCUUCCUGCGUAACCGUGAUGCAUCUGGUACCUCUCCGGUUAAGGGCUCGGGGAAGCGACAUUCCACCGUCAGCGGUCUUCCACCAUCCAGCCCAGCCAAGCGAGCUUCCAAUAAUUCCACAAGCAGCACUGCGCUACCUCGUGCGUCAGUACGAAGUAUCAGUGGAAAGCCCGAUCUUGCUACCGCGGCAGCAGCGACCAGCUUAGUGAGUUAA